CGGUAUUAUCAGCUGGCAAUGUUGUCCAUCGUUGACGUAGACAAUUACUAUGAAAUGAUGAGUCGUGAAAUGCGAGAAACCAUUGAGCAACAAAUGGAAUACACUAGGCAAUUUAAUAGUUUGGCCAGCAUAGCAGGAAAAAUGUUUCUAGUUGUACAUUACAACGCAAUAUUGGGCAUUGCAUUAUAUAUGUUCGUGGCCACAUCACUUGGUUUAAAUGUUUUCGCUUUCGCUUUCUUAUUUAUGUCCCUAGCAUGGCUGCUAGAAUACUACAUCUGGUGUCAGUUGGUUGAUUCGCUUCAAGAACCGGCUAACUCCAUUGGGGAACUGAUUUACGAUAUAUGUGUCCAUAUUCCACAUAGCCACGAACGCCAUUCAGAGUAUAUUCAACUAAGAACAACUUUCAUGAUUAUUUGGAUGAAGACCAGGAAAGGAUAUAUUGUGAAUUGCUUUGGGAUGGUGAAGAUUUGUAUGCUUUCAUUUGUCAAUGUUGUAAACAUGGUUUUUACUGUACUGACUUUUUUGAUCAACAUAUCCUAAAUAUUGAAUAAUAAAAUUUGUUGAUUCUGAAUAGCGAAUUUGUAGCAUUUUCUCAUGCUAUU